AUGAAGAUAAGUGAAGAGGAGGAAGCACAAGCGGCUGCAAUCAUCAAGCGCUGGCUCCAAACUGAAUCUCGAGAGAUUCAACAGUACGGAGAAAUGGAUAUAACCGAGUACAACAAGAUCAAAUCGAAAAAAUCAACAAAGGCUCUAUACAUGAGAUGGCGCAAAAAAAUCAAGGAAGAGAGAUGUAGGGUGGCGGAUCAGAUCUUCAAAGGAAUUCCACAAUUAGCUGUUGUACUUGAGGAUAAGGACUGUCAUUCUGAUAUUGAAGAUGCACAGGAGGGAGUUAAUCCUGUCCGGGUAUUUCCUGGGUACCGUAGUAUUCUUCUCACCAAUAUACUCCAUAAUCUCGAUCGAAUGGUCCAGGCGCAGACCACCCAUCACAAGAAAAUCGAGACAAACAAGAAGAUGUAUGCGCGUUUGGCAAGCAACCACGCACCAACUGUAGGAGGAGCUAUUGGGGUUGCGCGUGACUGGCCAAUUGAUUGCUACGAUGAAACAUUUUGGAAAGGGCUCAUCCAAUUUGAGCGUGACACUAUCUCAAAAGUACCGGCAGUCAACAUUCAACAGCUUGCGGAAACCUUGGCUGAAAUGUGCCGUCGGGGCACUAGCAGCCGUUCGAAUGGUCAACCGGACCAAGGA